AUGGCCGACCAGGAAGUUGAUUUGGACUCGAUCAUUGAUAGAUUGUUGGAGGUGAGGGGCAGCCGACCUGGCAAACAGGUUCAGCUUCUGGAGUCGGAGAUUCGUUAUCUUUGCACCAAGGCCAGAGAGAUCUUCAUCUCUCAGCCCAUACUGCUUGAAUUGGAGGCACCCAUCAAGAUUUGCGGUGAUAUUCACGGUCAGUACUACGAUCUUCUUCGCCUUUUCGAAUACGGUGGCUUCCCGCCCGAGGCCAAUUACCUUUUCCUGGGAGACUACGUCGACCGUGGCAAGCAGUCGCUCGAGACUAUCUGCCUACUUUUGGCAUACAAGAUCAAGUACCCCGAGAACUUCUUCGUUCUUCGUGGCAACCACGAGUGUGCGUCCAUCAACCGUAUCUAUGGUUUCUACGAUGAGUGCAAGCGCCGCUACAACAUCAAGCUGUGGAAGACCUUUACCGAUUGUUUCAACUGCCUGCCCAUCGCGGCAAUCAUUGAUGAAAAGAUCUUCACCAUGCACGGAGGUCUGAGUCCCGACCUGAACUCGAUGGAGCAGAUCCGUCGUGUGAUGCGCCCCACUGAUAUUCCCGACUGCGGUCUUCUGUGUGACCUGCUGUGGUCCGAUCCCGAUAAGGACAUUACUGGCUGGAGCGAAAACGAUCGAGGUGUCUCAUUCACAUUCGGUCCCGACGUUGUUUCUCGGUUCCUUCAAAAGCACGAUAUGGACCUGAUAUGCCGCGCGCACCAGGUCGUCGAGGACGGCUACGAGUUCUUCUCAAAGAGACAGCUGGUCACGCUAUUCAGUGCUCCCAACUACUGCGGCGAGUUCGACAACGCUGGUGCAAUGAUGAGCGUCGACGAGAGCCUACUGUGUUCCUUCCAGAUCUUGAAACCAGCAGAAAAGAAACAAAAGUACGUUUACGGGGGCAUGAGCUCAGGCAGGCCCAUCACUCCUCCGCGAAAGCAAAAGAAGAAGUAAGGAAUCAUACGAGCUUUUCCAUGUGCAGCAGGUUCGGGCGGAGAUAAGAACGUCAUAAGUCCCACAAUGUCACACUACACGAGAGACCCAAGCCCCCAACGACAUUCGAAGGCCAUACAUUAGACGAUCGGAAGCAGCAGUACA